AUGGCUGAACGUGCUUCUUAUUAUGGCGUAAGAGCUGCUUUCAACAAUUAUAUGCAAUUCCCACUCCCUGCAGGUGGACCCGGAACUGGCGCCAUCGAUCCCAGCAAGCCGAACUCUCACGCUGGCGCACUCAACCUCGGCCUCCAAACGGCCUCUGCGUUAGGUCUAUUAUUCACCUUUCUAGCUUAUGUCAUUCCUAUUUUUGGUGCAUGGAUUGCAGACGUCAAAAUUGGUUGUUAUCAAGCAAUUGUAUGGGGCGUUCUAGUUGGCGCCGUCGCACAUGUCAUCAUGAUCGGUGGCGCUGCACCAGCUCUCCUGCAAGCCGGAAAAGGUGUUGCACCAUUCUUCGUCAGCUUCUUUAUAUUGGCGAUAGGAGCUGGAAUAUUUAAGCCGAACGUUGCGCCAACCGUUAUCGACCAAUACAAGUAUCAACGCGCAUACACUAAAGUACUCAUAUCAGGAGAAAAGGUCCUUGUUGAUCCUGAGACUACCGUCAACCAUAUCAUGCUAAUCUUCUACGCCUUCAUCAAUGCCGGUGCAUUCUUCUCAAUUGCUGUUGUUUACAUUGAAAAAUACCGCAGUUUCUGGCUCGCCUUUCUAGUACCUGGCAUCGUUUACUUCUUAUUACCAGUGCUACUUGCAGCCACGUACAAGCGCACAAUCAGAACGCCACCUCGGGGUUCGGACUUGACUCGUUUCAUCAAGAUCACCAUUUCAGCACUCAAGACAAGCAAGGGAAACAUUUUCGCGAAAGACUUUUGGCAGGACGUGAGACCUCUUGUACUCACCGAGCGAGACGUACGUGUCAGUUAUUCGGAGAAGGAUGUCGACGACGCGCGACGUACAUGGCAAGCCGUUCAAAUCUUCCUAUACGUUCCGAUCUGGAACUUGAACGACGGCGGCGUGGGAAAUGCGUUAAGCGAUCAAGGGGCCGCCAUGACCUCGAAUGGAGCGCCGAACGAUCUCCUAGGCCACUUCAACCCUUUGGUCAUCAUUGUGUUCUCUCCGCUCAUGGCACAAGUCGUGUACCCCUUUCUUCGACAUGAAAAGAUCAAGUUCGGACGUAUUAGUCGGAUGACAUUCGGGUUCAUUCUUGCCACCACCUCAUCUGUCAUCGGCGCAAUAGUGCAGUACCGUGUAUAUGAAACUAGUCCAUGCGGCUACAAUGCCAGCUAUUGCGAUGAUGUGUCGCCUAUCUCCAUUUGGUGGCAAGUCCCGACUGUUGCGUUGGGUGCAAUCUCCGAAAUUUUUGUUAAUGUGACGGCCUAUGAGCUUGCCUACGCUCGAGCUCCGGAACAUAUGAGAUCCACAGUUGUUGCGCUUUUCCUAUUCAUGACGGCCUUGAGCAGCGCAUUGGGUGAGAUAUUGAUUCCUGCCAUUAAUGACCCUACCCUUGUGUGGGCAUGGGCCGCCCCUAGUAUUGCACUCUUUGUCCAGACCGUCAUCUUCUGGUGGAGACAUCGCAAUGUCAACGAUGAUGUCUUUAUGAUCUAUUCAGAAAAUUUCCAGCAGCUGGAACCUGUUGAAGACAAACAGGUCGAAAACCAAGCGGCUUAG